AUGGCGAAGAUUGGUUGUGGAUGGGAAGAAAUAUUGCUUGUUUCCAAGACAACAAAACCCAGAAACAACAAGGAGACUGGGAACGGGGACCCAGUCUCCCAUCUGGAAGAAUUCAAGAUGGCUGCCGUCCGAAUGCGUGCAAAACUAAAUCGUCUUUUACCAUAUUUUCUCGGCAAGAAAGAUUAUUGUGUUUCCGCAAAUACAAAGCCUUAUGUUUAUCAUCCUCAAAGUCGUACGUUGGAGCCAGAAAAUCAAACACUUUACCUCACAAAGACCUUAGAAAUGGGGGACAUUUCAACUUGCUUGCAAAGUUCUCACUUAGAUCUCUCAACGAGGGAAGACAUGAUGUCAAAAUUCAGACAAAAUGUGAUUCAGACAAGGCUGAUUAAUCAUGAAGGUGACCAUGCAACUAGAGAUAUGAAUGCUUUACCUUUGAUGCAGAAUAUGUUAAGGGUAAUGUGGAGUUAUUCUGGCAGGUGAGAAUAAAGCAUAUGGUAUGGACACAUGUUUAACUUACUUCAGAGUACCCGGCCACUUACAUGUAUUUGCAUCUCGCUGAAUAGUAAAAGACAGUAUCGUGUUUUUACCUCGUUCUUUUAAGUGUUGCAACGAGUGCCGGGUAUUCUAAAGUAGCUCCCAUUAAACUGAUGUAAGGGCUACAAAAUCAAGACCGAAGAAGAAUUCGGACAAUAACAUACUACACUUUAUUAUAUAAACGCCAAUGAAAUACCAUGUGAGCUUUCGCGUGAAAACUUGAUAUCUUCACAUGUGAAAAUAACAUGUUAUCUUCACAUGUGAAAAUAUCACCGUUGCUAUGGCUUCAUAAUAAAUCGCGCCUUUCACACCAAAAAACUAUUAAAGUGAAAUUGGUAGUUCAUUGGUGUUUAUAUAAUAAAUAGAACAUUACAUGGCCACUUGGAGAUACGAAAUUUCUCUUCUCGUGUUGAAAAAAUAUUUCACUCAUUCGCUGUGCUCACUCGUGAAAUAUUUUUCAACACUCGAAGAGAAAUUUCGUAUCUCCGCGCAGCCAUGUAAUAUCCUCUAUGUAUACUUUAGAAGUAGCUGGUGUUUGUAAACAUGGUUUUUGUUAUUUAAAUUUGCUAACCACUGAAGCAAAAAGAACCAAUAAAAAAUAGCCUGGCACAAAAAAAUAACAUCCAUACCACGGGUGAUGUAAUGUGAACCAUGAGUAUAGAUGUUUUUUAUUAUUUAACCAUCACUAAAAGUAUAUGUUGUAGUUAAUUUUUUAUCUCAGGUAAUUUUUGUUUUUCCUUUGUUUUCAUGAACAAAAGAAAAGCAAAACUUACCUGAGAUAAAAAUUAACUACAACAUAUACACUGUAUUGACAGAUGUAGAUUUUUAAAGUUAGUGUAGUCUCACCCCAGAACAGCAAUUAUUGGAAAAUCAUCAUGACACUUAACCUUUUUGUUACCUCAGUUUCCCAAGACUCUUGGAAACAUCGCUGACAUACAAGCCCCGUGUAAGCGUAUCAUACAAAAGAGGUGAUACUGACCUGUUGAUUUCUGGAAAUCUUGGUUUUCUGUUAUCAUCGAAGCAUCAACUGAAACAAGUUGAAGACACCGCAGAGGUGAAGAGAACUGAACAAGUAUCUCUGGAGAAACCAGAGAUAAUUUCUCCAGUGUUUAAUCUCAACAAGGCAAGAACAACACAAAAGCUGGAUACUGGGUUCUAUGAUGGUUCUCCCUUUCCAUAUCCGCAUACGCUUUUUAUUGUCAGUACAAACAGAAAGUGGACUACUAGUGACUUGGUAGCGCAAGGUGAGGAGGCCACAUUACAUCCUGCAUGAUUAGAAAGCUUUAGAUUUGAGGAAGACAACAACUAUGAGUACAAGAUUUUCUCAAUACUGAAAAUUGCUGGCACUUGAACCAGCGCCAUUUUGGCAGGAAAACGUGACAGCCAUGGUCAUUCUGCUACAAAAUUUAGUAUGAAUGUCAUAGUGGUGGAGAUGAGUUAUCAAAUGUUAGAAGUUUUAUCAUUUUGUGAUUGGGAGAGGGCUUACCUUGUAACUUCCUUUAAUAAAGAUAACAGUGCUAACUUUCCUGGUGAAUCAAAAGUACUAUGAAGCUCUCUGGAGUGUAUAUUAUUUUUUGAGAAUACGCAAUAAAACUUUCACUCAAAUCUCGUACUCGUAAUCAAUGUCAAUACAUCAUCUAAAGAAAAGUUUAUUAGAAUUGACAUUGAUCUCCAGAGGUAAAUACUUUGAUCUUCUAUUCGAUCGUUUCAACUAAAUGUCAAGGAAAUGGAUGGAGAUUAGUUUGGAGAGUUUGUAUCUAGACUUAAAGGGUUGAAGCCUUUUUCCAUGUACUUCGUCAAAAUCUGGUUUUUCAGUGGAUAAUGUCACCAUUGCUAUCUUGUGAAUUAUCAACUCAUGAAAAGGUAUACUGACCUAGACUAGAGUAUUCUUGAAAGUAUGUUAUUUUAAUUAAUUGACUUGUAGCAAAUCACAGUUCAGAGGAUAAAAUUUUACUGGAGUAAUACCUGAAUGGGGAUAAGAGGAAGGUAAAAUAAUAUUUUGACUGCCUUCAUUUAUGUUCCCUCUUUAGAGCUCAAUAUUUUAAUGCUUUUCCUCAACAAUACCACAUUGUAAAUCUACAGUUUCAAAAUUAAGAUACUCUGUCACUCCAUAAUGAGCUAGGUACUAGUCAAACUGAGCUGUGAAUUCCUGCUGAAAAUUGCCUGUGAAAUAGCAACAUUUACUUGUACGUAAAUGAACGUUAGGUGGUUGAUGACGUAUGUCAUUUCCAUUAUUGGUUAAUUUUAUCACCAUCUUUUAUAAUACUGGAGCCAAUAUUGAUUAAUAUCACUGCCAUCAUUUAUUAAUAUUAUUACCACUGUUUAACUUACAGGUGUUAUGUUUACCUUUGGACGGCUUGCGGCAGAAGCUUUAAACAAUGGAGCAUCACUUGGAGACACUUUAGAAAAGCCCCUAACCGCACAGUGUAUUGCAAGUGAUGGAAUCAGACUGUCAUUCCUAUCUUAUCAACUGAAUACAUUAGACUUUGUUUCUGACAGCGGCAUCAAAAAUAUGGUGUGGAUAAGUCCAGGGCUUUUCAUGUACAACAAGGCAGUUAUUCAUGAAACUCCUGGCACCAGAAAAAAAGAUCCACCAACUUAUGAGAUUGAAUUACAUGGAUUCAAUGAGGAAUGCUUCGAAAUAUUUGUGAGAAUGAUUCUCAAUGGUUCAUAAAAGGAAAAAAUUCAAUUAACUUUUCAUGUGAAAACAGGGUAGUUAAUCAGUUCACAUUAAAUCUGAGAGAAAAUUGUAAUAAUUAACCUUUGUGAUGCUUUUG